AUAUUUAAGAAAAAUUUGAUCGAUUUUUUAAAAAAAGCUAAAAAAAUUAUAAUUAUCAUCUUGAUUAUAAAUUGACAUUCAUCAUAAUUAUUGUUUGCAAUAUAUAUUUUCCAUUGCAACAAAAUGUUAAAUGGUCAAAGUGGUACGGCCACAGCAUCAACUGCUGCAGCCACAUCCAAACUAGUUGAUUCAACAUCGACAACACCAACAAAAGGUGUAUCAUCAGUUAAUCAAUCAUCUUCAUUAUCAAAUUCAAACAAUGUUAAUCAAUCAUCAUCGACAACACAAGCAAAUAAUUCGAUGGAAUCAUCCGCUACAUCGGCAUCUUUAUCGUCAACAGCAACACAACCGAAAACUCAAGAUGAUGCUAUGGUAUCGUAUAUGUUUCAACGCCCACCAAAUCCAGGUGGACAAGAUCCUAAUUCAGAAUUUGGUCAAUAUGGUGGCAAAUCAUCGCGAUGGUUUGGUACCGAUGAAAGUGCGUUGAUUGAUAAUAACGUACCAAGUGAUACGCAGGAAAUUGAAGGCAGUUUCAAUACUUUAUCGUUGGAUAGUGAAGGACCAUUUGCUUCUACUACAAAGAAAAUCUGGGGCAUUGAGGAUACACCAUCUUCAAAAAAUCAUGCCGAUGUUGAUCCAUCUAAAGUAUUGUUCGCCGUACCCGAUCCAGUUCAUCAAUGGGGUCGGGAUUCUACUUGGAGUACUGGACCACCUUCUGCUGGAACAACGGUAGCAGAAAAUGGUUCUGGUCUAUCUGAACAUGCUGUUUCUCAACCAAUCAUGGUAAAACGUGCGGCUAGUGCUUAUGCAAACGAUGGAACACUAUUGUCACCGCGAUCAACAGAUACUGGUGGUAUCGGAAUGAAAAUGGCCGAGUAUGUUCUCAAUAAUUCACCAUCAAAAGAUAAUCUAGAAUCAAGACUUAAUACACGAAUAUUACAUGAUAAACAAACUGGUGGUCAAUCGUCAAGAGGUAAAAGUAAUGAUAAAGGACCUCAUCAUCAUCCUAAUGCUAAUGGUGGCCUUCCUAAUGGCUUUGGUAGUGGAAAUGGUCCUGAUGACCCCACAAAUUCGAUUGAUCCUGCUGCAAAAAUUUUUAAUCGGGCUCCAGGCCUAUCGCAUCAACUUUCUUCCGAUGAUAGUGAUGAACUUGUUAGUGGUGUACCGAAAAAUCAUUUAAUGAAUAAAUUCGAUGGAAUGAUGGCAACGGCUGCUGCUGUAGGGGGAAUGCCUGGACAUCACCAUCCAGCGAAUGCAGCAGCUUUUGCUGAUUUCAAUCCCGAUCAAUUGCAAAUGCAUGGAAUGGAUCAACUGCAACAAUUUUCUGAUUACAUGCCAUUAUCAUUGGGUCCAUCAGCUACAGCAGAUUCGUUGAUGGAUGGCUAUGGGCAUACUAAUCCAGCAUUAUAUCAACAAGUUCAACAUCAAACUCGUCAUGCUUCCGGCCCCAAUAAUCCAUCAGCGAUGUCGAUUUUGUCUAAUCAUCAUCAACAACAACAGCAACAACAUUUAAAUAUGACAACUGCUCAACAACAAAAUCAAGCAAUGUCUUCGGCUUCCGGUGGUCAACCAUCAGCCAAUAUGUUUGCAGCUGCCACACAAAAUCCGCAAAAUCCAUAUUUUCCAGCAGAUACAUUUUCAAUGAGCCAAAUGGCGUUGGCAGCUGGAGCCGCUGGGCCAGCAAUGUCUAUGUCUCAAUAUGCCACAGCUGCUUAUGGUUUCGCUCCAUGGAACAUGUUUCCUACUGGUUUAAUGCCUAAUGCACCACCAGGAACCACUUCUAAUGGACAAAUGCAAGGUCAAUCAUCGUCUGGUCAAACGGUAACAUCAUCAGGAAUUCAACAGCAACAAUCAGGCCGAUCAAUUUCUGGAACUGGUAAUCGCCCAUUAUCUCCAACAAGUCUUGCAGUUGCUGCUGCCGCUGCUCAUCAACAACAACAACAACAGAAUCAAGCAAAUGAUGGAACCAAUGGUACCAAUGCACAGCAACAACAACAAUUAGCUGCGCUUGCUGCUGCUGGUCAAUUACCAUUUCCAUUUCCUGGGGCUCCUUCAAAUUUUUUCGAUCAAUUAGCCUCAAGUCGAAUGCCACCACAGGCUGCAGCCCAUCUUCAUCGACUAAUGACACAACCACAGAUGAACAUGUUACAAACAGCUACUGGAAAUGGUAAUAUGUUAGCAGCUGCAGCCGCUGCUCGAAUGUUACCGAAUGCUGCAGUAUCAGUGGCAAAUCCACAACAGAAUCCACAAUCGCAAAAUAAUGCCUUAUUUGCGGCUGCAUCAACGACUGGUCCAAAUGGCAAUCAACAACAGCAACAAAUGUACACAUCGGCUAUGCCAAAUAAUUCAGUAGCAUUGGGUUUAGCUGCUGCAGCCGCCGCAUAUAAUAAUAUCCAAUCAAAUCCACAAAUGAUGAACAAUGCCCACAACAAUAAUCAAGCUGCUCCUCAAUUAGCUCCGCAACAAAUGGGUUUCUCCAAUCCCACUUUGGGUCCUAUUGGAGCCUCAGGCAUAGGUAAUAAUGGACUUGGCAAUUCAAGUUCACCGCGUCGCGAUUCAUUAGAUAAUCGCUCAUCGAAUGCCGCUGGAAUGGGUUCUUUGGGAAAUAUUUUUCCUACAAUGAUUUCCGAAGCUAGUAUGGCUUUUAAUCGACAAAUGGCUAAUGCAUUGAAUGCCGUUGCUGCUGGUCCAGCUUCGGCGGCCAAAGCAAACGGCUUGAACAAUGCUCCAUUUCAUCAUCCAUACAUUAAUUCACCUGGACCAAUGGGCCUAGGAUUACCACCACCUGGAAGUAAUAUGACACCACCACCAAUGGAUGCUGUCAAUCAAUUUGGACCUAAUGCAAUGACAGGCACUGCACCUAAUUCCGCCUAUAUGAAUGGAAUGCGUUUGAUACCAAAUGUAGGACCGCCACCACCACCCGAUAACAAAUUCUUGAAUCGUAAUGGAUUGAUUAACCAGCAAAAUCCAUUUGCUUCGGCCAAUUUGAACAAUUCAUUUAAUAAUGUUGCAGCAGCUGCAGCGGUCGCGGCUCAUUCUUCACAUCAUGCUCUGGCAGCAUCAUUGAAUUCAUCGAAUCAUUUGCAUCAUUUUAGCAAUGGUGGUGGUCUUCAUCAGCCGACACCGGUUAAUCAUCAUCCUUCGCAAGCAAAUAAUUAUAUUUUAAACAAUACAGGGGCAAGUCAUCGUUCCACAGGUGGUGCUAGUGGAGCCAACAAUCAACGAACACGAUCUAUCGAUAAGAAUGUUGGGCGUUCGACAUUGCUGGAAGAUUUUCGAAAUUCACGCUUACCUAAUUUAACAUUACAUGAUCUUACUGAGCAUAUUGUUGAAUUCUCUCAGGAUCAACAUGGAUCUCGAUUCAUUCAGCAAAAAUUGGAAAGGGCUUCCGAUGACGAGAAACAAUUGGUGUUUAAUGAGAUAAUUGGCCAAGCUUAUCAACUAAUGACCGAUGUGUUUGGAAAUUAUGUUAUACAGAAAUUUUUUGAAUUUGGUACACCACAACAGAAACAAGCAUUGGCUCAAACCAUCCGUGGAUCAGUGUUGGAUUUAGCUUUACAAAUGUAUGGCUGUCGCGUUAUACAAAAAGCAUUGGAAUCGAUAUCAACUGAACAACAGAAAGAGAUUGUAAAAGAAUUAGAUGGUCAUGUUCUCAAAUGUGUUAAAGAUCAAAAUGGCAAUCAUGUUGUGCAAAAAUGUAUCGAAUGUAUUGAGCCAUCGGCAUUGCAAUUUAUCAUCAAUGCUUUUCAAAGCCAGGUUCACGCAUUAUCAACACAUCCAUAUGGAUGUCGUGUUAUUCAACGUAUUUUGGAACAUUGUAAUCCUGAACAAACGGCAAGCAUUUUGCAAGAAUUACAUACACACACUGAAGCAUUGGUACAAGAUCAAUAUGGUAAUUAUGUUGUACAACAUGUACUUGAACAUGGUCGACCUGAAGAUAAAACUAAAAUCAUUAUGAUGGUACGUGGUAAGGUUCUGGCGUUGUCGCAACAUAAAUUUGCAAGCAAUGUAGUAGAAAGAUGUAUCACGCAAGCCAUGCGUUCUGAACGUUCGAUGCUAAUCGAAGAAGUUUGUAAUUAUCCUGAUAAUGCUCUAUAUACUAUGAUGAAAGAUCAAUAUGCUAAUUAUGUUGUACAAAAAAUGAUCGAAGUAGCUGAAUCACAGCAACGGAAAACAUUAUUAUUGCGAAUACGGCCUCAUGUUUCAUCGUUACGUCGAUUUACCUAUGGUAAACAUAUUUUGGCUAAAUUGGAUAAAUAUAUGAACACUGGCUCGAAAUCAGCUAAUGCUGCAGUGUCUGCUGCCGUAACAACAUCACCAUCAUCGUCAUCAUCGACGACAACUACAGCUGCUGUUUCAGCACCAUUGACCGAUAAUGCAGCAGCAUCAUCAUCAUCGACAGUUACUGGUACAUCAACAACCGGUACAAAUUCCAAUACGAAUGGCUGUAAUAAUGAGCCAGUCGAUAAGUAAGUUCUUCUCAUAAAUAAGAUUGUGUGCAUGGUCACCAAAAAAAAGAAGAAAAAAAUUUUAUUUUUAUCAUUUUCACAAAAUAAUAACCAAUCAUUGAAUCAAAAAAAA